GCGGGGGACCCAGAAUUACUCCUCCCAUCCUUUUGCCGUAGCGCUAAGGCAAUGGGAACCGAUUCCCGAUUCCUCUCUUACCCUCGCGCAAGGCAGCGCGCCUCGUAGUCUUUGCGCUUCUCCCGAAAACCGUCGAGCUCUCACCUCUGUCCCCACUGGGGCCACUGAGCAUCCCCCAUUUCUGCUAGCCGGUCUUACCUUCUUCCCCCAUUCGGUGUAUGUAGCGCGGUAAACUGGGUCCAGGCUUCUGCGCUGCUUACGUUGAACUCGUUACGUUGGGCCUUUGGACUCAGUGAAUCUGCUGUUGUCCUCAGCUUAGGGAAAUCAGGGUUCGCCUGCUGCUCGAAAGCUGCCCCCACGGCUAGGAUCGGGGAAUGGCAAGUGGUGGUUUCUCUGACUGAUUGCAGUCAGACCUCUUGUGCUCAUUCCCUCUUGCUGUGUCUCAGCUUUUUCCUCCAAGUGUCUCUAACCCCGGGGGUUGUGCCCCGCGCGCUGCAACCCCAUUGGCGCAGCCAAGGGCCAGUUAUGUUUCCUUGUCUGGUCCUUUUAUCCCGCGGCAAGUUGGCCGUCUUUUGGACAAGACAGAGAUGGCGACUUCACCCCCACAGGAGAUCCCGUAGCAUUUGUGUUUGCUGAAAACGUUCUUCUGUUUUCUGGAAUAGUUCUUUUGAAAGGGCAGCCAUUUUGGGGGGUGCUGAUGGAUACCUGCGGGGUCGGCUAUGUUGCCCUGGGGGAGGCCGACCCCGUGGGGAGCAUGAUUGUGGUAGACUCUCCUGGACAAGAAGAACUAAGCCAGCUGGAUGUCAAGGCCUCCUCAGAAGCGUCCAGUGUGGAGGCUUCCAUCGAGAUGUCACUACCUCCUCCUUUGCCUGCAUUUGAGGAUUCUUCUGACAAGAGGAGGCUUCCUCCAGAUCAGGAGAGCCUCACUAGGUUGGAGCAGCAAGAUCUUUCUUCAGAGAUGUCAAAGGUCUCAAACCCUAGGGCCUCAAAGCCUUCCGGGAGGAGAGGUGGUAGGACACCAAGGGGCGCUAAGAGGCCUCAGCAACGUAAACCUCCAUCCACCCCUCUGGUUCCUGGUCUCUUAGAUCAGUCCAACCCUCUGUCCACCCCCAUGCCUAAGAAACGAAGUCAAAAGUCCAAGGGAGACCUGCUGCUAUUGAAGUUGUCCAAAGGCCUAGAUCAGCCAGAGUCUCCACAUCCAAAGAGGCCCCCCGAGGACUUUGAGACCCCUUCUGGGGAACGACCCCGCCGAAGGGCUGCCCAAGUGGUGUCGCUGCCCAACCCAGGUUGGCCUCGAACUUGCGAUCCUCCCACCUCAGCCUCCCGAGUGCUGGGAUUGCAGGCGUGCGCCACCACACCUGGCUCUCCAUCACAUUUUUCACAGACUUCCCCCAGGGCACUUCUGUACCUUCAGGAACUGGCUGAAGAGCUCUCCACAGCCCUGCCUGCACCGCUGUCUGGUCCUAAGAGUCCCAAGGCAAGCAGCCCCACGAGGCCGAAGAAGAUCCGGCAAGCAGCCUCUCAGGGGGAAGAGGACGGAAGCGCUCGCGAUGAAGACUUUGUUCUUCAGGUCGAGGGUGAAGAUGAGGAAGAAAGUGAGGCCCCAAGUGAGAACUCAUCUGAUCCUGAGCCUGUCGCACCCCGAAGCACCCCACGAGGACCCGCUGCAGGGAAACAGAAACCACACUGCCGGGGCAUGGCUCCCAAUGGCUUACCCAAUUACAUCAUGGCUCCUGUUUGGAAGUGCCUCCACCUCACCAAGGACCUCCGUGAACAGCAGCAUUCAUUCUGGGAGUUUGCUGAAUGGAUUCCCGUAGCCUGGAAGUGGCAGUUGUUAUCUGAACUUGAAGCAGCUCCCUACCUGCCACAGGAGGAGAAGUCGCCCCUGUUUUCUGUCCAACGCGAAGGGAUUCCUGAGGAUGGCACAAUCUACCGAAUAAACAGAUUUAGCUCAAUCACAGCACAUCCAGAGCGCUGGGAUGUGUCCUUCUUCACAGGGGGACCGCUCUGGGCUCUGGAUUGGUGCCCAGUGCCUGAAGGGUCAGCAGCUCCACAGUAUGUGGCCCUUUUCUCCAGCCCUGACAUGAAUGAGACACACCCAUUGAGCCAGCUUCAUUCAGGCCCUGGGCUACUGCAGCUCUGGGGUCUUGGGACAUUGCAGCAAGAAAGCUGUCCUGGCAACAGGGCCCACUUUGUCUAUGGGAUUGCUUGUGACAGUGGCUGUAUCUGGGACCUCAAGUUCUGCCCCAGUGGGGCAUGGGAACAUCCAGAAACCCUUCGAAAGGCUCCUCUCCUGCCUCGCCUGGGUCUCUUGGCCCUGGCCUGCUCAGAUGGGAAGGUAUUGCUGUUCAGUCUGCCGCAUCCUGAGGCCCUCCUGGCUCAGCAGCCUCCAGAUGCUAUGAAGCCUGCCAUCUACAAGGUCCAGUGUUUGGCAACUCUUCAGGUGGGGUCUGUGCAAGCUUCAGACCCCUCUGAGUGCGGUCAGUGCCUUAGCCUGGCUUGGAUGCCUACCAGGCCUCACCACCACCUGGCUGCUGGAUACUAUAAUGGCAUGGUAGUUUUCUGGAAUCUUCCCACUAACUCGCCCCUCCAAAGGAUACGGCUCUCCGAUGGCUCCUUAAAGCUGUUCCCCUUCCAGUGUUUCCCAGCCCAUGACCAGGCUGUCCGUACAAUUCAGUGGUGCAAAGCUAACAGUCAUUUCCUGGUAUCUGCGGGGAGCGAUCGGAAAAUCAAAUUCUGGGAUCUUCGACGACCUUAUGAACCAAUAAACUGUAUCAAGCGCUUCUUGAGUACAGAGCUUUCCUGGCUGCUCCCCUACAACGGUGUCACAGUGGCUCAAGACAACUGUUAUGCCUCUUAUGGGCUCUGUGGAAUUCAUUACAUUGACGCUGGUUACCUUGGUUUUAAGGCCUACUUUACUGCUCCACGAAAAGGCACCGUCUGGAGUCUUUCAGGUUCAGACUGGCUUGGGACAGUAGCUGCAGGAGAUAUAUCUGGGGAGCUCAUUGCAGCUAUUUUACCUGAUAUGGCAUCAAACCCAAUCAACGUCAAGAAACCUGCAGAGAGACGAUUUCCUAUAUAUAAAGCGGAUCUGAUACCAUACCAGGACAGCCCCGAAGACCAAGAGUACUCCUCGACUUCCUCUGAGACCCCCAAUCCUCCCAAAGCGAGAACCUACACUGAAACCAUCAACCAUCACUACUUGCUCUUUCAAGAUACAGAUCUGAGUUCCUUCCACAAUCUGCUUCGUAGAGAACCGAUGCUUCGCAUGCAGGAAGGAGAGGGACAUUCUCAGCUUUGCCUGGACAGGCUGCAGCUUGAAGCUAUUCACAAGGUACGUUUCAGCCCAAACCUGGACUCCUAUGGAUGGCUGGUAUCUGGGGGGCAGUCAGGGCUGGUUCGGAUCCAUUUUGUCCGUGGACUCACCUCCCCGCUGGCCCACCGUGUACAGCUUGAAAGCCGAGCCAACUUCAAUGCUAUGUUCCAACCAUCCUUUCCAACAGAAGGGCCUGGUUUCUCUCCAAGCAGCCAUUGCCUUCUCCCCAAUCCCUAGUCUGGUCCACACAGAACUCUUGGAUUGAAGUCUGCCAAGAACAAAUGGCCCCCAUGCACAGAGCAUAGGACCUGGGCCCUUUCGGACAGUGAUGGUGCCAGGCCUAAAUCUUUAGGCCUACAUGCCCCAAACUCCUUAAAUCCCUCUCCUUUCACAGACUUCUAUGGUCACAGCUCCCUGCAGGUAGGGGGGCUCCCCCUCCACACAACAAUUCCUAUGCCUAAAACCGUGGCUCACAAGAAACACUCAGGCCAAACCUAGGCUUGGGAGUCAAAUUGCUCAUAUUGAGCACAUUGUGAAGGAGGUAAAGCUAAAGUAAAGGUUCUGGGUGUUUUUGAGAGCACUUGUGAGUGGGUGUUUGCAGAGUCGGAAAGGAUAUCCUCAGGAAGGCUCCUGUCUAUUUCCAGGACUUGAUGUUAUUGCCUUCCAAUCUUCCUCUUUAGAAUAACCAACACACAGGCCCAAUGGCGGGGACAGUAAUUUAUUGGACUGAAGCUGCUCAAUAACUGAGGAACACCAUAAGCACCCUGCCUGCCAGUAGGACAGCAGCUAGCUCUUACUUGUUCCUGCUUAUGAAAUAUUCCCAAUCACUGACAUGUGACACUACUUGAACACUCCUAGAUAGUGUUUUUAAAAUUUUUGAAGCUGAGUUUAGUGGUGCAUACCUGUAAUCCCAGCACUUGGGAGGCCGAGGCAGGAGGAUCACAAGUUUGCAUUCAGUCUGGGCUAUCUCAUAAAACCAAAAAGUAAAAAAAAAAAAAAAAGAAAGGAAAAGAAAAAAAGAAAAAAGAUCUUCCUUUAUAUCAAGUCAGAGUAUACCUCUAUUAAUUUUACUUAUGGGUGUUAGAAAAUAGUCCUUCUUCCCUGUGGCUACCCUUUUCAGUACUUCACAGUAGCUAUCAUGUGUUUCUCAAGUCAUUUUUUUCUCUAGAUUAAAUAUCUUUAGUUAUUUCAA